AUGAAUUUCAAAUAUCUCUUUGGAUAUUCAGGCCAGGCCUCUGGAAACGCCUCGUGGGAAGCUAAAGCCAGCGCCAAACGAGCAGACACCCUCGCCAAGAUUCCCGCAGAAUGGCUUUUGCCCAAGGAGGAUCUCGACAAGGCUGCGAAUGAGCGGAAUCUUACGGGGCCGUUUAUCAACCAAUAUCUUUCCCCCGAUGACAUCGCCAUCGUGGAACAGGGCAGUGUGCCUCUAGUUGAGAAAAUGAGCGCGGGAAAACUCAGUGCGGUCCAGGUUACUCGGGCUUUCUGCAAGACAGCAGCAAUUGCACAUCAGAUUGUGGGCAUUUCUCUCUGUACCCCGGCCCAGCUCGAGGGGCUUUUCUCCCAGAGCCAGUCUUCUCAUCAUGCUUACGAUGAUAGAACAACUGCUUGCACGAGCUUAAAAGAUCAGUUUCACGUAAAAGGCAAUGCGACAAGCAUGGGCUAUAUUGGCUGGAUUGACACCUACGAGGGCAACCCGGACCCAAACCUCGUCUUCAACGUAAACAGCCAGGUUGUGACGGAACUUCUCGCUCUUGGUGCUGUCCUCUAUUGCAAGUUCGGCGAAACUGUGAACAACAUAAUCGGCCGCACGUUGAACCCCAUCAACCAGAAUCUCUCAUGUGGAGGCUCAUCUGGAGGCGAAGGGGCGUUAUCAGCCUUGCACGGUAGCUCUGUCGGCCUAGGCACAGACAUAGGUGGUUCUGUGCGCAUUCCGGCCGGUUUCUGUGGGAUAUUCUCGCUCAAACCAACCCACAACCGCCUUUCCUACCGGGACGUGGCCAACGUUAUUCCCGGGCAAACGACCUAUGCGUCUUCUGUCGGGGUACUGGGUAACACGAUUGAAGCCAUACAUCUAGUCCUCAGCUCGCUCAUCUCGACUGAGCCCUGGCUCCGAGACCCGAAUGUUGCCUCUCUCCCGUGGCGCCAGAACAUAGCAGAUGAGACCCUCUCCCGAGCAGGCAAAGGAGGCCAAUGCACUUCUGCUGGAGACAAGCAACCUCUAAAACUUGGGGUUCUCUGGACAGAUGGAGUCGUGACCCCUCACCCGCCUGUGGCACGAGGCCUGCGUUUGACUGUCGACGCGGUGAAAAAAGCGGGCCACAGGGUCUCCUUUCUGAAAGCCGAUGGCGGCCACGACAUCAACCGCCAGCUCGAUCUAUCCGGGGAGCCAUUGAUCCCCCAACUCAGGGAUUCAUUCACUCUUCGAGAUCCAAUGUCUCUCCUCAAAUACCAGGCCCUCACAAUCGAGGGACGGGAUUACGAAGCGGCUUAUUCGGAUUAUUGGAACGAGACGGCCAAUGCCGAAGACGGUAGACUACCCACUAGACGUCCCCUUCCUCCCGUCUUCCUUGCCUUGAACCCCCCAAGCGGGAUGCGCGCCACUGUUGUCAUACCCGUCACGAGAGCAGACAAGAACCAGGAUCUAGCGGACCCGGACUAUGCGCCGUUGAAUGAACUUGACGCGAAGAAUUGGGAGGCUUAUGAUGCGGAUAUCUACGAUGGCGCCCCUGUCGGUGUGCAGAUUGUCGCGAGAAAGUACGAAGAGGAGAAGAUCUGGGCGAUUGGGAAGCUGGUUUACGACUGCCUUCUUCAACAGGAGGCUCAGUGA